UCUAUCCACCCCACUGCGGUCCCGACUCCCGAGGCAUUGACCGAUAUUUACUGUAAGCUCCCAGUCUGUUACAGCUGCAGUCAGAGCUAUUCACACAGCCGAGAGGACACCUUGGGCUAAUACUACCUACAGUAGCCUACGGAGUUGAACUUUGCGAGAUGUCUCUUCAGCAGGCAGAGUUUGAGCGAGUAGCAGAUGAUGUGAAGAAGGUGAAGUCCAGACCUUCAGACCAGGAGCUGCUGGACAUGUAUGGUCUGUAUAAGCAGGCCAUAUUUGGAGACAUCAACAUUGACAAACCAGGCAUGUUAGACAUGAAGGGAAAAGCCAAGUGGGAGGCAUGGGAUUCUAGGAAAGGUAUGUCCAAGGAGGAUGCCAUGACGGCUUACAUCGCACUUGCUAAGGAGAUCAUCAGCAAAUACUAAUAUGAUGAUGAAGUCGUAUCCAGGGUGUGACUAGAAAUGGUUAUUAUGAGGAGAGCUGUAUCUCAUUCAGCCACAAGCCAUAGGUUAUGAGAAGCUACUGCACGAGGAACAUGAUUCAUUUUCAUGAUUCAUGAUUCAUGAUUCAUUUUCUCCUUAGAUUGAACUUUCUUGACUUUUAAAAUGUGGAGUUUUUAAAAAUUGAUAUCAACCCCUAUGCACUUUUGGGAUGUUGAAUUUAUGAUUUAAUAAAACAUUGUUUUAAAUUAC